AUGAAGGAAAAAGAAGAGGAGAAGUAUGAUCUUCUCAGCAAAGAACAUGCAAGUAUGCAUUCAGAGAUAGAUCCUAAUCAUCCAGAUGAGACUACACAACCAAACCUCAACAACAACCCUACAGCAGAUAUCUCACUCGAAAGCCCCUCGAGGACAGUUGAAUAUAAACUGUUGCCAACGAAAGACAAUUUGCUAAAGGAAAAAGGAGCAAACCAGUUCAAGGAUCACCAGUUCAAGGAUCACCAGAAGAUUGGACACAUGCAGCUCAAGAGAACAAGAAAGAAAAGAAGAAAAACCUCCUUAAACUAA